GUGAAUCAGUCUUAUUGGUAUUCAAAAGGCGAGCCGUGACUUGAAAAAAAAUCCACGCUUCACCGCAUAGUGAGAUAUAAGAAUCAAGGUUCUCGUCGCAAUUGUGCAAAUUUAAUAAUCUCGCGCUCGUGCGCGAGAAUCACGCGUGCAUUCAGUCGAUGGACGAUAAACUCUUUAAUGACUUGAUGUAGCUGGAGAAGACUCGAAAAAGCUGCCCUCGAUUGUGUGCAAGGAUAAUCAAGACAUUAGUACUUCUGGGAAGAGAGUUAUGUUAAUAUCUUUGUUGGUGAAUUUACUCAUAUUGACGAAAAUAUCGGUCUAAUUUACAUAUUAGAGUUGAUAUACAAUUUGUUAUCAUGGCUCCCAAAUAUUCAGUGAAUACUGGUGAUGAUAAUCUAGAUGCUAAGAUCACCGAAUGGCUGCAAUGGAACAAGGAUCCAAAAGCAGAAGAUGAAAUUUCUAAACAUUUGAAUAAUGGAGAUAUUAAAAUAUUAUCAAAGUUGUUUCUCAAGAGACUCGAAUUUGGGACUGCUGGUCUCAGAGGCUAUAUGGGACCAGGUUACAGCCAAAUGAAUGACUUAGUUAUUGUGCAGACUGGUCAAGGAUUAACAAAAUAUUUGAUGGAUACAAUAUCUGAUGUGACUGAGCAAGGCGUUGUAGUAGGAUAUGAUGGUCGUUACAAUAGCAAGAGGUUUGCAGAAUUAACUACUGCAAUCUUCAUAACCAAUGGCAUCAAGGUGUACUUAUUUCGUAAAGUCUGUCCUACACCAUUUAUACCAUACACUAUAUUGAAAUAUAAGUGUGCAGCAGGCAUCAUGGUCACUGCUUCUCACAAUCCGAAAGAUGACAAUGGAUAUAAGGUUUAUUGGCAAAAUGGUGCACAAAUCAUUUCGCCACAUGAUAAAAAGAUUCAAAGCUAUAUUCUAAAUAAUCUCGAGCCACUUGAAUCUUCAUGGGAUAUAAGUAAAAUUUAUGAAAGUCCUCUUAAUAUGGAUCCAACGACAUAUAUUGCAGAAUGUUAUUACAAAGAUCUGCAGGAUAAUAUUCUGUAUCCUGAACUUAAUGGAAAUACCACAUUGAAAUUUACAUACACUGCCAUGCAUGGUGUUGGAUAUGAUUACAUGAAAUCUGCAUUUAAUGUUGCAAACUUUAAGCCGUUUUUGGUAGUCGAGGAACAAAAAUUGCCAGAUCCAGAAUUUCCCACAGUGAAAUACCCAAAUCCAGAAGAAGGAAAAAGUGCUCUUGAUCUCAGUAUAAAACUAGCGAAUAAUAGCGGUUCGUCUAUUAUACUUGCUAAUGAUCCUGAUGCCGAUAGACUUGCAUGCGCGACAAAGACAAAGAGCGGAGAGUGGCAUGUGUUCUCGGGAAAUGAACUUGGCGCAUUACUGGGUUGGUGGAUGAUGCACACUCAUCGAGUAUCAAAUCCUCAAGCUGAUUUGAGCAAUGCAUAUAUGUUAGCAUCAACUGUUUCUAGCAAGAUUCUAGCUUCGAUGGCUAAGAAGGAAGGUUUUAACUUUGAGGAAACCUUAACAGGUUUUAAAUGGAUGGGUAAUAAAACUGUAGAGCUAAUGAAGGAAGGUAAGGAUGUACUCUUCGCAUAUGAAGAAGCUAUAGGUUUCAUGUGUGGCACGAAAGUAUUAGAUAAGGACGGUAUCAGCGCCGGUGUACGCGUAGCUGAAUUAUCAGCCUAUCUUGAGAUGUUAGGCUUGACCUUGUCUGAUAAAUUACAGGAAAUAUAUAUAGAAUACGGCCAUCACAUUAGUGACAAUUCCUAUUGGAUAUGUCACGAACCGAACACCAUCAAGGCAAUAUUUGAGCGAUUGAGAAAUUAUCAUGGCAAACCGAAUACAUAUCCAACCGGAAUAUUGGAGGGAAAAUAUCUAAUUACUGGCAUUCGAGACUUAACAACCGGAUAUGACAAUACAAAACUUGACAAUAAAGCAGCUCUUCCUGUAUCAAAGUCUAGCCAAAUGAUUACAUUUACAUUUAAAAAUGGUUUAGUCACUACAUUGAGAACCAGUGGGACAGAACCUAAAAUAAAAUAUUACAAUGAAUUAUGCGCAUCGCCCGAGGAAAAGGAUUUAAACAAGUUGAAGAAUAUACUCAGUGAGAUGGUGUCAGCUAUUAUAACAGAGUUUCUUCAGCCUGAAUUUAAUGCACUUGUUCCUCGUGAGACAUAAAACAUAAUAAUUAUGACUCUUCAAAAGUUUUACGAUGUAUGUUACAUAAUAAUCAUUCAGCUGUCAAUGUGUCAUACAGUCUAUAAUUACAAGUACUGUGCUAUAAUAGAAUUCUAAACAUUUCAUGUUGGAUUUAUAUAAACAUAUAUGAAUAUUAUAUAUUUUGUUAUAUUAAUAUAUUUAUGAUACGUUCGUGCACGAUAUAUAAUAAGUUAAAUUUUGCAAAAAAUAGAAGUAAUUUUAUAUUCAGUGAUUGUUCAAAUGGCUGUGUAUUAUUUUAUCUGUUUAUUAUUAAAAUUGACAAAUACUUGAUUUAAGAUUCUGGUAUUUAUCGUGUGUAUCAUUAAUAUUUAAUUAUUUCUGUAAUUAACUGGAAUUAUUUAGCAAUUAUAGUAAUAUUUUAAAAUAUGUUUAUUGGUCAUCCUAAUGAAUAAUGAACUACAGUCAUCUGAUACGAAAAUUAAUUUGAUGAAUUAUAAUGUAUUAAUUUCUUUUACAAUUUUUUUCAUAAAAAUGUAGAAUAUAUCGAGAAAUAUAGCAGUUAAAAUUUAAGCAAAUGUAUGUGUGUGUGUGUGUAAUGUAGAAGCAAUUAUCACACAAUUAAUAACAGUUUAAUAAAAAAUAAUAGUUCAGUAAUAGUUUAAUUUAAA